AUGAUUCCAAACAAUAAUAAUAUCAUUGAUCAGGUUCCUCUUUCACCAAUUCUUCACAAGACUGCCUCUGCUGAAAAGUUGUUUCAAAUUCAUGUUCAUGAGCCUACUCGUCAUCGUUUCUUUAUAAAGGGAACCGAGAUUACGAGAGCCAUCCUGGAAGGAAUAGAAGAAAUUGAAGAAUAUGAAGAGCUUCAAGAUAUUCUUCACUUAUUCCAGACCGAUGCUUCAAAGAGAAGAUUCGGGUUCCCAGGUCUUGAAGUUGCCAUUGAAAGUUUUGAAGAAUAUAUUCGUGGAAGAGGCGAAGAACAUAAGGAAUUUGAUUUUUACCAACACUUGCUUCCAAAGAUUGCUCAAUAUGCUCUCGAAGCAACAGAGAGCGAAUUGAUCGAAAGAUUACCACUCAUUGAGAUGCAUCAACAAGGUUCAUUCACUGUCAAACCAAAGGAUGUUCGUUGCAUUUUAGCAAAUGCCUUCUUCUUGAACAUUUCUUCGGAAAUACACAAUUUUAUGCAAAAAGAUAGGGAGAGAGAUUUUGGAGUUUUGGAUUUCAAUAGACUUUAUGUAUGUCGUUUGGAGGAAUCUAUUGAAAGAAUUAUUUGUCAAUUAAGUUACUUUUAUCAACAAGCUAAUCAUGAACAACAAUUGUGCAUAGAUAGAGAGGAUAUUGUUUUUACUCGUCACAACUUGACAGUAGAGGAGGAACCAAAUUGGGCUGAAAUGAAGGACAUCGAUUUUUCUAAUGCAGAAGAAGCCAAGUCUAUUAUCAAGCUUCAUGAUGGAAGAAUGGAGGAUAUUUUGUGUCGUGGAUUUGUUGAUUUUGCCAAUCGUUUCAUUCACAUUGGUUCAAUUAUUCCAUCACUCACUCAAGAAGAAAUCCUUUUCAGUUGUUGCCCAGAAUCUUUCCUCACUCUCCUCAUUUGUGAAUCUUUGAGUGAUACAGAAAUUAUGACCAUGAGAGGUAUGGUCAGAUAUAGCGAAUAUAAGGGCUAUCUCAAUACUUUUGAAUUUACAGGUUUAUACGAACCUCUUGGACAUACUGUUGAUAUUAUUAUUAUGGAUGCCAUAUCUAGAAAGCACUUCCAACCUGAAAUGAUCAAACGUGACCUCAACAAGGCCUACUUGGGAUUCAAAAAUGUACCUGAGAAAGAAAUUACCUCAGGAAGAUGGGGAUGUGGGCAAUUCGGUGGAGACUUUGUUUUGAAAUUUGUCCAACAAUUAUGUGCUGCCAAAGUUACUGGAAAAUCUGUUUACUACUCAACAUUUAAGGAUGAACAAUGUAUUAAGGAUUUGACAGAAGUAUUAGAAUCUAUUAUUUCUUCAAAGAUAACCAUUAGUGAGCUUUAUUAUAUCAUGAGUACCUAUCACGAAUACAGAGCCAUCAACUCAAAAGCCUACUUUAUAGACUAUCUCAGACAAGAAUUACAAAGAAAGAAGUAA